AUGGAUAUGGUUGCAGCUGCAGCCUUAUCUAAAAUUACAAACACUCAAGUGAUAACAUAUAAUGAAUAUUUAUCACAAAAAGAAACAAAUCCUGACCAAACUUUUCAAUAUUUUGAUUGUAUAAAUUUCGCCAAUAUAUGUGAAUUCCUCAUAUAUCGGGAUGCAAUUUUUAUCUGUCAUCUUACAGUCAAAGAAAUGAACGAUCGCAAUCCAAAAUUAAACAUCAAAUUUUUUAAAUGUGUAGGAUGGAUGCGAUGGUAUCGAUUUAGAGCCAUUACUCUUCCCAGAUUUAUUUAUGAUGGAAUAUGGAAUAGGUCACUUCCGUACCUUCCGUACCAAUCAACCGUUACCGUUAUUGACUUUGGAAAUAUCACUAAGUCGGGUAGAAAAGCUUUUGAUAUACCGAAAUUAAAGAAGUGGUUAGAAGAUGAACGUGAAUAUCGUAAGAAAUACGGAUCAGUUGGAUUGGAGCCAUCAGAUGUAACUCUAAUAAUGAUGUACCUAGCUAGGACUUACCCACCAACGAAUAUGGAAUCGAGAAGACAAGAUUGCCUUCUGUUUCCACCAGUAAUCGACACAAUAUCACCACAUAUAAAAAAAGCUUUCCCGAUUCAAUCGAAGUACUUAAAUGAAAUGCUUACUCAUUUAAAUUGGAUGAAAACCCUUAAACCAAUGUAUCGGGAAAAUGGUAAAAGUAAAUGUCAGGGAAUUCAAAAAAUUAGAAAAGGUUGGAACCACCAGCACAGAUUGAUGAUUCGGGAGGGUUACUAUUGA